CAGAGGAGAAAAGAAAAUGCAACGUCAAUUCUCGAAGGCUUCCCGUCCCUGCCUGCCCUGGGUGCUCAUGGAACCAGCUGCUGCCCUGCACUUCUCCCUGCCAGCCUCCCUCAUCCUCCUCCUCCUUCUUCUCCGACUGUGUGCACUGGUCUCAGCCCAGUUUACUGUCGUGGGGCCCACUGAUCCCAUCCUGGCCAUGGUGGGAGAAAACACUAUGUUACGCUGCCAUCUGUCACCCGAGAAAAAUGCUGAGGACAUGGAGGUGCGGUGGUUCCGGUCUCAGUUCUCCCCCGCAGUGUUUGUGUAUAAGGGUGGGAGAGAGAGAACAGAGGAGCAGAUGGAGGAGUACCGAAGAAGAACCACCUUUGUGAGCAAAGACAUCAGCAGGGGCAUCGUGGCCCUGAUCAUACACAACGUCACAGCUCAGGAGAACGGCACCUACCGCUGUUACUUCCAAGAAGGCAGGUCCUACGAUGAGGCCAUCCUGCACCUCAUGGUGGCAGGACUGGGCUCUAAGCCCCUCGUUGAAAUGAGGGGCCACGAGGACGGGGGCAUCCGGCUGCAGUGCAUAUCUAGAGGGUGGUACCCAAAGCCCCUCACAGUGUGGAGGGACCCCUACGGUGGGAUUGUGCCUGCCCUGAAGGAGGUCUUCAUCCCUGACACAGAUGGCCUCUUCAUGGUCACCACAGCUGUGAUCAUCAGAGAUAAGUCGGUGAGGAACAUGUCCUGCUCUAUCAGUGACACCCUGCUCGGUCAGAAGAAAGAAAGUGUCAUUUUUAUUCCAGAAUCCUUUAUGCCCAGUGUGUCUCCCUGUGUGGUGGCCCUGCCUAUCAUUGUGGUUUUUCUGAUGAUAAUCAUCGCCGUAUGCAUCUACUGGAUCAACAGACUCCAAAAGGAAACGAAGAUUCUGUCAGGGGAAAAGGAGUCUGAACGGAAAACAAGAGAAAUUGCUGUAAAGGAACUGGAGAAGGAACGUGUGCAAAAAGAGAAAGAACUUCAAAUAAAAGAGCAACUUCAAGAAGAAUUGCGGUGGAGAAGAACAGUCUUACAUGCUGAUUUGAAAAAAGACAAUGCUGUCUUAAGCAGCUUAUAUCCUGGGGAUGGUAUAGACUGUGCCAAGUUGAAGACCCAUGCGGGGAAGAGGAUUGUCCCUUUGAAGGAGUCCCUUUGCCGUGUGGGCGUCUUCCUGGACUAUGAAGCUGGAGAUAUCUCCUUCUACAACAUGAGGGACAGAUCGCACAUCUACACAUGUCCCCGUUCAGCCUUUUCUGUGCCUGUGAGGCCCUUCUUCAGGAUAGGGUCUGAUGGCAGCCCCAUCUUCAUCUGUCCAGCACUCACAGGAGCCAGUGGGAUCACAGUGCCUGAAGAGGGCCUGAUUCUUCACAGAGUGGGGACCAAUCAGAGCCUGCCUGUUCUUCAGGAGCGCCCAGAGCUGGAUCGCUGCCCUGGCAGGGACCCUGCCUAUCUUGCUGCUGCUUCUCGGGGCAGCCCGUUACUUCCUGUGGCAACAGCAGGAGGAAAAAAGACUCUGUUCAGAAAGAAAAAGAGCGCAAGAGUUGAGAGAAAUGGCAUGGAGCGCAAUAAAGCAAGAACGAAUCACAAGAGAGAAUCUGAGAGACUCCUGACCCUACACACCCCCUUGCAAAGCCUGGCCAUGCAGGCUGUACCCUUCAUGACAGAGGGAACAGAGCCCACCAUUUUUGAGAAGAUGCCACCCCUGAUCCAUCAGAGUUGUAGAGGAGGGAAGUUGGACCCUGGAAGAGACUCUGAAGAAAAGGAGAGAAAACAGAAAAAGGCUCUCUUCAAGCCAGUGGAUGUGAUUCUGGAUGCAAAAACACUAAACCUCCUCCUUGUUUCUGAGGACCAGAGGAGUGUGCAGCGUGCCAAGGAGCCCCAGGAUCUACUGGACAACCCUGAGAGAUUUGAUUGGCAUUAUUGUGUUCUCGGCUGUGAGAGCUUCAUGUCAGGGAGACCUUACUGGGAAGUGGAGGUAGGGGACAGGAAAGAGUGGCAUAUAGGGGUGUGUAGUAAGAAUGUGCAGAGAAAAGGUUGGGUCAAAAUGACACCUGAGAACGGAUUCUGGACUAUGGGGCUGACUGAUGGGAAUAAGUGUCAGACUCUAACUGAACCCAGAAACAACCUGAAACUUCAUAAGCCCCCUAGGAAAGUGGGGGUCUUCCUGAACUAUGAGACUGGAGAUAUCUCUUUCUACAAUGCUGUGAAUGGAUCGCAUAUUCAUACUUUCCUGGACAACUACUUCUCUGAGCCUCUAUAUCCUGUUUUCAGAAUUUUGACCUUGGAGCCCACUGGUCUAACAAUUUACCCAGUGCCAGAAGUAGAGAGUUCCUCAAUUCUGACCUAGUGCCUGAUCAUUCCCUGGAGUCACCAGUGACCCCGGGCUUAGCUAACGAAUCUGGGGAGCCUCAGGCUGAAGUAACUUGUCUCUGCUUCUCCCUGCCCAGCUCAGAGCUGAGGGCCUCUCCCUCCACAGCAACCAAUCACAACCAUAAAGCUACAGGCACGCACUGAAGCACUUUACUGAUACUCAUUCAAUUAUUCAUAUGCCAGUUGUUUGAGUUUGGUACCACCUUAUUGUCCCCUUAUACAGAUAAGGAAACUGGAGUGCUGAAAAGUGAAUUAACGUUACAAAGUAAAAUUGACUAGUUAACAAUAGAGCUGGGAUCUAAACAGCAAUAACUAACAUUAAUGGAGAACUUAAAAUGUUCUGAGUGCUGUGUUAUGAGCUUUGGUGGAUGUCACUCCUUUAAUCCUCACAACACCCUGUCGGGUAGUCUCAUUUUCCAAGUGUGGAAGCUGAGGCAGGGCAACAUUAAGUAACUUACAUAACUCAUACGGUAAUUUGUGCAGUUGGGAGAUGGUCAGCUUCAGUCCCUGGUCAUUUGCCCAUUCUUUUCCACCCUGAUUCUUCCCCGAUAGGAAGAACCCACCUGUAGCCCUGAGGUUCUUUUCCCAGGACGGCUCCAGGGUAAGGAUCAUUGUGGGUGGUUGUGGAGUUGACACCCCUGUUGACUCCUUCCCAACUGAUUGUCAGAGCCCUACACCCAGCACUCCUUGGAUUAGCUCUGCAGAGUGUCUUGGUUGAGAGAAUAACCUCACCGUACCCACAUGACACAUGAUUUGAAAAGACACUAGAGGCCACACUUGAUAAAUCAUGGGGAACAGAGGUGUGCCCACCCAACAAAUGUGAUAAGUGGUCACGCAGCCAGAGCCAGCCUUCCUACAGUCAAGGUUUCCAGGCAGAGGAAAUACCCUGAAGAUUCUCUGUGAUAUAGGAAAUUUGGAUGAAGGGUGCUAGAAGAACUAUAGGGAUUUUGUGUGUGUGUCUUUUUUUUUUUUUUUUUUUAGAUAGAGUCAUGCUCUGUUGCCAGGCUGGAGUGCAGUGGUGUGAUCUCCGCUCGCUGCUACCUCCGCCCCCCGG